AAGGGGGAAGGAGGAGCGCUGAGAGAGGGACAGUCAUCAAGGAAGCAGCAGAAGUUGGGCCCACUGCUUGGAGCAAAAGGGCUGAAAAGAGAGAGAGAGGACGGGCCAAAACACAACGGCACUGAGGGAGGCACGGAAGCCAGAGACAGAGGGAAGCAUUUCUCACGCACGCACACACACACACACACACACGCUCCAGAGGGCAGUGGUAAAAGCAUAUUGGUUUUCUGUGUGUGUGUUUGUGCAUGGUGAGCAGGUAGUUUUAUGUUACUUAAGUACAGCUUUACUUGACCACAGUGUGUUGCUCAUAGUCUGUGAGAAGUAACUGCUAGUUAUUUGUGCGGCCUGUCAGUGUGUAAGCACAGGAUUGAUCAUGCAACCUCUAUACUAGCAUGUGUUUGGGGGCAUGCGGCAGCCUUUGUGAAUCGUAACCAGCGUGUUUGUGUCAUUAAUUGUCUGUUAUGUCGCUAUGUGGGGAUAGUCCUUUGUCUGUUGGGAGGAUGAGGUUACACCAGCACACAGAUAAAGAACUCUCCUGAUAUUACUCCGCGCAUACUGUCACAUGACGCUGCACAUUGUUUUACCGAGGCAGACACGCACACGCAAUGCCACUUGCUAUCACACACACACCCUGUCACACAAUGCCUCCCUGUUACGUUGAGACACAUGCUAUCACACACGGUCGCAUACAUUGAAAUUUAAGCUCACGGGGGUGGGUACAGAGGUGCUUGCAGAGACAAAUAUACUGAUGUGUACAACAGACAUGUAGACACGUGCAGUGCAGGUUUACAAACAAAAACAGGAAUGAAUUUAACAUUAUCACCGGUGCUUAUGUUGAACAUGCAAAAACAUUGCCCCAAGGACCAUAGCAUGUCAAGUGUGAAGCUCCAUCUAAAGGCCUCAACUAGGCAUGUGAGAUGAGUGAACAGCUUUCUUAAUCGAGGACCGCAGAAGGGACUGUAUUAAUGACCUGGAGGAACCUUACACUGGAUUCACCUGAGUUCCUGGACUUCUCUGCCACAUAGAGAAAAGCUGACUCACGGGCUGUCACUAAGAGAAUGCCGGAGCGAGUUUGUCUGUUCCAGGGACAGUGUUACUACCAGCUGAAACGUGCCUGUCUACGUCGGGGUGUUCUCUUCCAGGACCCCCACUUCCUCCCCUCUGCCCAGUCCCUUUUCUACCGCCGCUGUCCCCCACCUGGCCUCACCUGGAAGAGACCUAGGGAACUCUGUAAAGACCCUAGGCUCUUUGUUGAUGGCAUCAGCUCUAGAGACCUACACCAGGGCAGUCUGGGCAAUUGCUGGAUGGUGGCAGCUACAUCAUGCCUAGCUACUGAGCCCUCACUCUGGAAGCAGGUGAUUCCAGAUCACAAGGAGCAGGAGUGGAACCCCAAACGGCCGGACCUGUACGCCGGCAUAUUCCACUUCCGCUUCUGGCGCCUGGGCUGCUGGACCGACGUGGUCAUCGAUGACCGCCUCCCGACCGGCCAGGACGGGGCGCUGCUGUUCUGCCGCUCUGGCUCCCCUCGCGAGUUCUGGAGUGCCCUGCUGGAGAAGGCUUACGCCAAACUCAAUGGCUGCUAUGAGGCCCUGGAGGGGGGCAAUACUGCCGAGGCACUGGUGGAUUUCACUGGGGGGGUGUCCGAGCCCAUCAGUCUGGACAGGGAGGUUCUGACCCACCAUUCUGACCAGAGGAGAGCGCUGUUCCAGACUCUGGCCCGUGCGCACACCCGCCGAGCUCUCAUCACCUGCUACAUUCGGCCUGCGGAGGGGGAAAUGGUGGAGUCGGUUCUGGACUGCGGACUUGUACGGGGUCACGCUUACGGCAUCACGGCGGUGCGGAAGAUGCGCCUCGGGGAGCAGCUGCUUGGUGUGUGCGGGGCGUCCCGCGUCCAAAUGGUGCGUAUGCGGAAUCCCUGGGGUACAACCGACUGGACAGGAGCAUGGAGCCAGGGGUCACAUCAGUGGCAGCAGGUGGGUCGCAGUGAGAGGGAGAAGAUGGGCCUCACAGUGAGAGACGUCGGGGAGUUCUGGAUGGAGUUUGAGGACUUCUGCCACUACUUCACGGACGUGGUGGUGUGCCGGUUGGCAGAGCGGGCUCUGCUGUGGCCCAGCUCCCACUGGAGAGAGGUGCGGUGCCCUGGGGAGUGGGCAGCAACACCUGGGAAACCACCGGGGAGCAUCCCCCUACUCAGCGGGCUGAGCAAACAGGAGGACCAGAGGGGCUUGACCAGGGAAGCAGAGCAAGGCCCAAAGGGUGACAGGAAAGAAGAUCAACUGGGGAAGAGGCAGAGGGAUGGGACACUGUGGGGACAAAGAGACAAGGCUGGUGGAGGGAAGGGAGGUGAGAAGAUUGCAAGGAAGGAGGAGCAGGAGAGCAACUUCAGGGAUGGGUUAAGGGGCAUGCGGUGGGAUGGACAAGUGGACAAGAAUAGCAGGUGUGGGGGCUGCAUCAACCACCGAGACACCUUCCUGUAUAACCCCCAGUUCAUGUUUGAGGUGCGGGGGGAGGGGGAUGAGGUGCUGAUCUGCCUGCAGCAGGAGGACCGGAGAAUACGAAGAAGAGAAGGAAGCGGGGAGAACCUGCCCAUUGGUUUCGAAGUGCUGAGGGUGGAGGUGAACCGGAUGACCCGGGUACAUUGUGUGGGGGAACAGGCUGCCAGCUCUGUGUACAUGGACUCCCGCAGUGUGGCUCUGAGGGUGACCCUGGGGCCUGGCCGCUACACCCUCUUACCUACCACUUUCCAGCCAGGGUCCACAGGGAGGUUCCUGCUGAGGGUCUUCUCCCACUCCCAUGUCCACUUGAGGGAGCUAAAGGAGGAUUUACCGCCCCCCUCAAUCUGGCAGUGCUGCAUACCCCAGCCAUGUAUGGUGACCACAGUCCACCUGCGCCGAGCUUCUGGCCUGGGUCAGCCCAAACAGACAGCCCCAGAUGUGUAUGCUGUCAUUCGAUGUGAGAACGACACUAUAAGAACACGUAUAUUCAAGCAGGACAGUAAUCCUGAGUUCAAUACUAAAGCCAUUUUCUACAGACGGCAACCAGACACACACAUUUCCAUUGAGCUGUGGUGUCGUGGCUGGCUAUGGGACACUCUCCUGGGUGGAGCACGACUACAAACUGGAGAUAUUGAGAGGGGACGUAGCCGGGUGAUUGAUCUGCAAAGUGGCCAGUCUCGCUCAGUGUCUCGAGGAUGCAUCUCUGUGGAGACCUCUUCCAGUCAGUGUUUGACUGAUCUGUGACUGGCUGCUGCGGGCCUGUGAAAGCUGACACUUCCUGGAUAUUUUUUUUUCAGUGAAGACUUAUUUGCUCGCUGGGAUGGGCUCCAGCACCCCCCGCGACCCUGACCAGGAUAAGCGGGUAUAGAUAAAGGAUGAAUGGAUGGCUGGACAUAUUUGCUGAUGUGACAAUGCAGGGACAAUGCACUAUUAUACAUUCUUGGAAUGAAAAUGCAGCCCUGUGGAUGUAAUUAAUCUAACAGAUUUUUGAGCCUUCGGUGCAGCUGGGACUAAAUGGCAGAUGUCAGAGAGAAAUAUAAGGAUGAAAAACAUUUCAAUCCAUAAAACCGAA